CCUGCCUUUCCUCUUGCCCGCCAUUGAUGCCCUUCUAGAAGCAGCAACUGCAGCAGCACAAGUACCGGAUUUCCCUUUCCCCGCCUCCACUCUCCAUCGCUCGCUCGCCUUUCCGCUCGGUGGGAGGGAAAGUUGGAGAGGCCAGCGCACGAGCACGAGCUCGGCGAGCAAAAAAGUAGAGUAGCGGCGACACGCAAAGUUCGAGAGCGGGGAGCCUCCUGGAGUUCCGAUUCGGCUGCUCUGCUCGCUGAUUUCUGCCACUGCCGUUCUUGAGCUCCGGCGAUCGGAUUCGACGGCCGCCGGAUCGGUCGAUCCGGUCCAUGGGGAACUGCUGGGGCUGGGGCGCCAAGAUCAGCUCCGACACCACCUCCUCCUCCUCGCCUUCAGGGACGAAUUCCAAGUACGCUAGCAGGAAUGGGGCAGCCUUGAGCAACUCCAGCAGCUAUGCCUCGGCUGCGUCAGUGCCACGCAGCGAGGGCGAGAUUCUCGAGUCGGCGAAUGUCAAGGCCUUUGCCUUCAGUGAGCUGAGGACCGCCACGAGAAACUUCCGGCCGGAUAGUGUGCUAGGGGAGGGAGGGUUUGGGUCAGUCUUCAAGGGGUGGAUCGAUGAGAAGACCCUUGCACCGACUAAGCCAGGCACCGGGAUGGUCAUUGCCGUCAAGAAGCUUAACCAGGAAGGCUAUCAGGGCCAUAGGGAAUGGCUGGCUGAAGUGAAUUACCUUGGACAACUAUCACACCUGAAUCUUGUGAAGCUCAUCGGGUACUGUGUCGAAGACGAACAACGGCUUCUUGUCUACGAGUUCAUGCCUCGUGGGAGUUUAGAGAAUCAUCUCUUUAGGAGUAAGUGUCUGGCCUUUUGCUGCUUGUAUGGCUUCUCGUGUACAAGGGUGAUGGGGACAUAUGGUAAUGCCGCACCAGAAUACAUUGCAAGGGUUAUGAAAAUUGCACAUCAAACUGUCGCAUGCAAGUUGAUCCGACCUGCGCCGCAUGAAUGCAAGAGGAGGCCGGCCGCGACAUACUCUACUCCCUCGUUUCCUUAG